GUCGCGCAUACCAUGGAGUUUAGUCUAGCAAAACCCGCGUACCACAUGUGCAGUGCCGAAGAUCGAAUGUUUUACGACGCGAUACCCGGUUGCGUGAUACGGAUCGACCUGCAGGACUGUUGCCGCUAUCUGCUGACGCCCGGCAACAACACGCUGGAGAGCUGGCGCCAGACCAUUCCGCGGCCGGACGUGUGCAUCCUGGCCGCCCUGCACGGGCACGUCGACUGUUUGCAGCGGGCGCACAAGAUCGGCAUACCGUGGGACUGGAGGACCACCCAGGCGGCCGCCCGGGGGGGCAGCAUUGAGUGUCUCAGGUACGCUCGCGAAAACGGCUGCCCGUGGGACGUAAGCACCUUCAGCAACGCCGCGUACAUUGGCCACUACAGGAUUCUGAAAUACGCGCUCCGGAAUGCGUGCCCGUGGAACGAGGUGACGUGUGCCGCAGCCGUGGCGGGCGGCCAUCUCAACUGUCUGAAAUUUUUGCAUCGGAAGGGAUGUCCGUGGGAUGCGUACACGUGCUGCGCCGCCGCGGAGAAUGGCCACUACCGGUGUCUAAAGUACGCGCACCAGAACGGGUGCGAGUGGAAAAUUAAUACGACCUCUAUCGCGAUAUUCAACGGCCAUAUGAAAUGUUACCGUUACGCUGUCGAUAACGGUUGCGAUUUGUAAGGGGUCAUGUGUUCGAAUGCUGUAUGUUCGAACGCUAAGUGUACGAAAGAUUGUCUGUACGAAAGAUUAUAUGUUCGAAAGGUCGUAUAUUCGAAAUUAUCGAUAAAUGAAACAUGAAUUUUACCAAAAUAUUUAUUAUUCGUUGAUUCGAUUUUCUGCGUAAAAAAUUAAAUUUAAAAAUAUCAAAAAGUCG